AUGGCGAGCCGGGGCCGCGCGCGGAUGGAGCGCAGCUACGUCUUCGGCAUCUGCUGCCUGGUUCUCCUGGAUCUGGGCCGGGUGGGCGCCAGCGAGCCCAGCACGCGGAGCCCCCAGCCCGAGGGGCAGGUGGAGAGCAGCAACGCCAGCUGGGGCCCCACGGCCCAGGACGCGGCCGCAGCGCCCACCGAAGCCAUGCCGGGGGGCGACCGCUGCCGCGGCUACUACGACGUCAUGGGGCAGUGGGACCCGCCGUUUAACUGCAAUCUGGGGAUCUACCAGUACUGCUGCGGGACCUGCGGGUACCGCUUCUGCUGCCAGUUCAAGCCCGGGCGGCUGGACCAAAGCGGCUGCUCCAACUACGACACCCCCAACUGGGUCAACACGGGCCAGCCGCCGGCCCGCGUGGAUGAGACCCCCGAGGAUCCCACCCGGGACAAGACCAACAUGAUUGUGUACAUCAUCUGCGGCGUGGUGGCCAUCAUGGUGCUGGUGGGCAUCUUCACCAAGCUGGGCCUGGAGAAGUCGCAGAGCCCCCAGGCGGAGAUGACCAUGUCCAGGACGCUGACGGACCUGCUGAAGCAGCCGGGCCUCGGCCCCUCGGAGCAGCUCGACGGCCACGUGGGCAGCCUCCAGGUGCAGGUGGGCGAGGGGCUUGGCCGCCUGCCCCCCAGGAACGGCACAGACAAGCUGCACCUCAACAACGCUAUGGUCAACAACCCCAUUGGGGGGCCCGCGAUGGGGCUGCCGCUGACCCACAGCAGCCGCCUGCCGCUGGUGAGUGGCGUGCCGCUGCAGGCCCCUGACUACGCCAAGUACGCCACGCUCAAGGCCGUGGGUAACAGCACCCCGGAGGACUUCUACAAGCGCUUCCCCGCGGUGGAGCUGCCCCCCACCGGCACCCUCCCCUUCCCCACCGGGGGGCUGCCCCCAGUCGAGGGGCCGGCCCUGCCAGAGGGCUGCCCCCUGGGGCAGGGGGCACCGGGCCCCAAAGCCAAGGGGGCGAAAGCCGGCCCCCCGCCGCUGCUGGCCAGCCCGGCCUUCAAAGGGGGCUGGGAGGGGGGCGCCCCCGCCGGCCCCCGGCCCGAGGGCCGCCGCCAGGGCUACGCCGCCCCGCGCCCCUUCAGCGCCGAGAAGCUGCCUGAGGUCUUCGGCCCCGCGACGCCCCACUACGCCCAGCCCCAGCGGCACCUCUCCACCAACAGCAAGACCGAGGUCACUGUCUAA